UAAAAAAACCAAAAGCAAAAAGAGAAGAAAGCGGCGGAGCUCGGAAGCAGAGAGCAAUGGCGAAGUCGAUGAGAUGCAAGAGAGAGAAGAGGCUGCGAGCUAUUCGCAGAGACAUGGUGGAGCCCUACUACGAGAAGAAAGACGAGGCCAAGCUCGCUGCCCAAGAAGCUGCCCUCGCUGCCCCUAAGCUGCCCGUCAAGUCCUCCUCUAAGGCCUCGUCUUCCAUGGAGUUCACCCCCGUCAGCACCUCGACGCCGUCUGAUAACGCCAUGGAUGUGGAGAUGGCUGAUGGCAGUCAGACAAAGAGUUCCUUAAAGCCGUUUGGUGGGGUGGGUAAGAAAUCCCAACGGGUGUUCAAGGUCGGCAAGAGAAGGCGUCACGGCAAGGGCAAGGGCUCAAAGGUUAAGAGGCGUCAUAUCUGAGAGGCUGAUGUGUGUUGCCAUCUUAGAGAGAUAUAUAACCAGAUUUUGAGAAAUUGCUACUGUGGUUUACACUUAAUAUAUGUAAUCUCUGAGGCCUUUCAAGGUUCCAAAUUAAAAUCAUUGCUUUGUACUCGUGCUAAUGCACAAUACU